AUGGGUAUAAUUUUUAAUAUUUAUUUUUUUUUUAUUUACUUAAUUUAUGUAAGAGCAUAUUUUUGUCAAAAUACUAGUGAAUAUAAUGGAUACUCUGAAAUAUGUGAAAAAGCAGCAAAUGGGAAUGAAUCUAGCGUAUAUUGUAUGAAAAAUCAUAGGAUAGAAAGUUCAAAAUAUGUUUAUAAACAUAUGAUGAGGAUGAUUUUUGAAAAACAUACCUUAAAUAAUAAUAAAGUAGCAUUUAUAGAACAUGAAUGCGGUGAACCUCAAAAUUAUCUGACAUAUGGUGAAUUUUUAAGAAAGGUAUCAUCCUUUAGUAAUUCUUUAAAUAAAUGUGAAAUAAUUAAUAUUCCAGAAAAAAUAUAUAACGAAGAAAUGAAUAGUGGUAAAUUUAAGCUAUUAGGUUUAUAUGGUAGUAAUUCUAUAAAUUGGCUUGUUACUGAUUUUGGUGCUAUGCUUAGUGGUGUUACUACCUUAGUGAUGCAUUCAAAAUUUAGUAUAGAUGUAAUUGUAGAUAUAUUAAAUGAAACAAAAUUAGAAUGGUUAUGUUUAGAUUUAGAAUUGGUUGAAGGUUUAUUAACACGUAUCAAUGAAUUGCCACACUUGAAAAAUAUUAUAAUUUUAGAUAGUGUAGCUAAGCAUAGUAUAAUAAAUUCAAUUAAUGAAAAUGGGGAAAAAAAAUGUAAUUUAAAAAAUAAUGGACAUUCAAAUAAUAUAAAUAAUAAUGAAAGAAGUGAAUUAUCGAAAAGGGUGGGAGAUGUAAAUUUAAGUCCUAUACAAUAUGAUAAAGAGAAAUUAGAAAAGUUUAAAGCUUUAAAAGAAAAAUUUCAUCAUUGUGUAGAAAAAAUAUUACUACUUGAUGAUAUAAUAAAUAGUGAAAAUACAAAUUUUAAAAUUAAAAAUGAAGAUCCUAAUUUUGUUACUUCCAUUGUGUAUACAUCUGGAUCGUCUGGAAAGCCAAAGGGUGCUAUGUUGAGCAAUAAAAAUUUAUAUAAUCAAAUAUAUUCUUUAUGUAAUCAUAGUGUAAGAAAAACAUAUAAUCUUCAAUAUCAUUUAUCUUAUUUACCAAUAUCACAUGUAUUUGAAAGAACAAUUGCGUAUAGUAUCAUAUUACUUGGUGGAACAGUACAUAUAUGGAGUAAAAAUCUGAAUUAUUUUUCCAAAGAUAUAUAUAAUUCAAAGAGUUCUAUAAUGACAGGAGUACCUAAAGUUUUUAGUAGAAUAUAUACGAAUAUUAUAAGUGAAAUUAAUAAUUUAUCUCCUAUUAAAAGAAGAAUUAUAAAAAAGAUUAUAUCUCUACGUAAAUGUAAUAAAAAUGUAUGCUUAGGUAAUUUUCUUGAUAAUGUUUUUAAUGUGUCGAGAAAAAUAAAAGAGAAAGUUAACCCCAACUUACAAAUUAUAUUAAAUGGUGGUGGGAAAUUAUCACCAGAUGUUGCCAAUGAAUUAUGUACUUUAUUAAAUAUAAAAUAUUGUCAAGGUUAUGGUUUAACCGAAACAUGUGGUGCUAUUUUUGGUAAGCAUGUAGAAGAUUCAAAUUUUGAAUGUAUAGGAGGACCCACUUCUCCAAAUACAAAAUAUAAAGUAAGAUCAUGGGAAACAUAUAAAGCAACAGAUACAUUGCCAAAAGGAGAAUUAUUAGUUAAGAGUGAUUCUAUAUUUAAAGGAUAUUUUUUAGAAAAGGAAGAUACCAAAAAGGCUUUUACUAAAGAUGGCUAUUUUAUAACAGGAGAUGUGGUUCAAAUUAAUAAAAAUGGAUCUUUAUUAUUUUUAGAUAGAUCAAAGGGUUUGGUUAAAUUAUCUCAAGGUGAAUACAUAGAAACGGAUUUAUUGAAUAAUUUAUAUUCACAAAUUUGUUUUAUAAAUAAUUGCGUUGUUUAUGCAGAUGAUUCAAUGGAUGGUCCACUAGCAAUUAUAUCUAUAGAUAAAUGUUUAUUUUUUAAAUCAUUAAAAGAU